AUGGCGAGGAAAUCGGCUUCAGACAGAUUAUCGUCCACCAGAUCGGAAAACUCGCUUUAUAACCUUACUCGGAGAUUUCUGAAGCUCAUAAGCAUGUCUCCAGAUCGUAAUGUGAGUAUUCAUCAAGCAUCGAUAGAGCUGAACGUAGGAAAAAGAAGAAUAUAUGACAUAACAAACGUAUUGGAAGGACUGGGGCUUCUAAGCAAAUGGUCUGUAAGCAAUGCAAAAUGGGUUGGGGGAAGCAUUGAUCGAUAUAUACUCGAUAGUGAAGAGAAAGAAAAUCAAGAGAAUAUCUCCAUGGAUCCAGAAAACCUCCUAAAAGGAGAUGACCUGGAUGAGACCCUCUGCAGGCUUAAUGAGGAGAUUUCGAUGCUUUCUCAAUCAGAAAAGAACCUUGCAAAUGCAUAUGUUACCUAUUCCGAUCUUCAGAGCCUCCCUUCUCUAGGUGGGAAUCUUGUAUUUGCAGUCAAAGCACCUUCGGAAACAACCAUGGAAUAUCCUAGAUAUGAGAAGGGAUUUUACAAGCUUAAACUGAGCUCUGAGAAAGGGGCCAUAAGCAUUUUCUAUGUUUCAGACGAAAAAAGAGAUUAA